GGUAAAGUGCUAAAGAACAUGCAUGCACGUGUGUGAGUGGCCUCGGCGGAGAACCAGUCAGCGGCAAUGGAUGAACUGAGCCCAAGAGAACGAGAACUGCUGAAGAUCCGGCGGGACAGCGACAGCAAGGCCACGCAGCUGCUCAAGAUGGAGAAGCUCAUGCAGCAGACCAAAGACUUGAUGGACAAGCGCAGUGAGCCGGACAAGGUCCAGGAAAACAUGGUGGAGGACCUGGAGGAGAAGGUGCGCUCUAGUCGGCGCCACCGGCGGAACUCUCUGCACCACACUCAGAUGCUGGAAAGUCAAAUGAAGACGGUGAAGGGCGAGCUGGAGGGAACUUUGGACCACCUCCAGGAACUGCGCAACGUCCUGCGUCGCUCGCAGCAGAAAGCUGAGGAACGCAAGGCCGCCAUGGAGAAGCUGGCAGCUGGACUCAGGUGAACGCCCGGGCACCAGGACCACAGAGCAGGCCCAGACUGAAAGCAUGAUCACGAGCCCCUUCUUCUUCUCCUCCUCCUCCUCCUUCUACAUUUUACUGGUCCAGACUGUGCGACAUGCUAGUAAAUGAGCUCUACGAGACUGGAUUUGUCUCUGCUUGGCAAGAGUAGACUACGUUGCGCUCAACUAUGCUAGUGUAAACUACAUUAAGAUGAUGUAGACCAGGGGUGGCCAACCAGUCAGAGACUAAGAGCCACAUUUUUUUACUGUGUACUGCAAAGAGCCACAUCACCCCCCCCGAAUGGCUUUGCCCCUCCUCCUUUGCGGGAUUUCACCUCAUGUGCAUGCGCGUUUGACGAAAAUCCCAUAUUGAACUCAAGCGAAGCGAACACGCAGCGUUUGACGAAAAUACCAUAUUGAACUCAAGCGAAGCGAACACGCACAAAAACAAACAGACAAAUAAACCCACAAAUGUUGAUAUGAACGUAAAGGAGCCGCAUGCGGCUCGCGAGCCGAACGUAAAGGAGCAGCAUGAAACCCGGCAAAGAGCCGCAUGCGGCUCGCGAGCCGCGGGUUGGCCACCCCUGAUGUAGACUGAAUGAAAUUGCAAGUGAAUAGUGAAACCACCUUCCUUCCAUUAGUCUGUUUAAACUACGUAAACUCAACCAGACUUGACAAGAUUCUACUUGGAAAAACUAGAUUCGCCUACUCUGAGACUGACUAGGCCAGACUAGAUUAUUGUAGACUAUAAUCUAGGCCUACAUUGUAUGUACGAGAAUAGUUGACUGUACUAGACUAGAUUAGAGUAGUUAGACAAAUUUGAUUAGACUACACGAUAUUUGACUCAACUAGACAAGAUAAAACUAGAUGAUACAUUUAACUAAAUGACUACUCUUAUCCCCGCACAAUUUCAUUGAAAUAAAAAUGAAAACAUUUUU